AUGACCCGGGUUUACUACAGAGAGGCUGUGGGGGCGCUGCUGGUCUUUGACGUCACCAGAGCCUCCACCUUUGAGGCUGUUCUCAAGUGGAAGGAUGACCUGGACUCCAAAGUGACUCUGAACCACGGCAGGCCGGUCCCAGCCGUGCUCCUGGCCAAUAAAUCGGACCAGCUCGCAUCCUACAGCCCCAAACUGGACACAUUCUGCAGAGAGAACGGAUUUGUGGCCUGGUUUGAGACCUCGGCAAAGGAAAACAAAAAUAUCGAGGAGGCGGUGAAUUGUUUGGUGGAGCACAUCUUGAACAACGAGCAGAACCCCGGAGCGGACAGAGAACCGUCGCCUAUGGUUCUGUCCGGAUACAGCCACAGCCACCGGGACUUCAACUUCCAGUGUCCGUCCUGCCCCAAGUUCUGA